AUGCCCACCAACUCCCGCUACCCCGCGGGCACGAAUCCCUACGCCCCCUCGGCCGCCUCAAAACACCCUGCGAGCACAAGAGGACACCGACCGGCAGGUUCGAAGGCCCCAUCGCAGCACCAGUCGCAACAGAUACUGCCAGUCAGGAAACACAUUGUGGAGGACGCAGAGGUGGAAGAGUUUGAGCCCCCGAGAUGGCGCACAGUGAUGCACAAGAAGGUCGACUUUGGCAAGUUCCGAAAUAGCACGGUCCUUAGUGGUAGGGCUGAUACAAUCACCACAGGGUACCCCGAUUUCUACCCCUCACGGCCUGGCUUUGAUCAAAGAGAGGAUGUCCUGACGGAAGAGAAUGUCAAGAAUGGGUUCGCGGCCAAGCUCUUUAUCUCUGAAGCAGCUGAAACAUUCUCAAUGCAUGGACCCAUACACCAACAUCUCACCAAUGGAUGUCUAAAUAUGCUUGUUCAGCUCGGCAAGGAGGUCAUCCAAAAGCAAGAAGAUACACUACCCCAGUUCACAGACCGUUCCUUUCGAAUCCCGGUGCGAGUUGUCUGGAACGACUCGAAGCGCCUCGCAUUCUUGUCCGACCUCGCAAAUCCACAAAUCCCCCUCCAUCGUCUCAUGCUCGGCCAAGUACCUCACGGUUUCAAGGGAAUCGAGCUAUUGGAUGCCAUGUACUCUCCUUCAACGAGUGGAGGCCACAAUCGCCCAUCGGCAGGCGCUUCUCAAACGUUGAGCGAGCCUAUACCUGUAGAAAGAGCAGUGUGGUUCAUCCGAGUACUGGGGGCGAACGAGAUCACGGCGCAUAGGGCGAGAACGCACCAGACGGCCGCUGCUUCGGUGACUGUGUUUUCCCCAGUCGCCGCGACGCCCAGCUCUACCAAUACUAUAAACACUCCACCUAGCCUUCCACAAGGUAGCAACGACUGGUAUACACAAGAGUUUACCAACAUCAUUAUAACCUGGCUCAGAGGCCAACUUGCGCAACUAGCAUUGCCCAACACAGGCAAGGCGCCUGCGAAACCCAAUACAAACGUCAAGUCUGGGGGUGGUGUUCUCCAAGACGCAAAGACCAGGGCAAGAUGGGUUUCCAAAUGGGAUUAUAGUAAUCGACUUCUUGGCGAGCUGGACACCAAACAACUUCUUUCUACUCGCCUCUUUGCAGGCUGGCUAUCCGAACAUCUUUCCCACGUAAACCUCGCACAGCUCGGAUUCUUGCUCCAGGUAAUCUCGAAACAUCUCCUGGAUAUCAGCAAACACCAGUCUAGCGCCAGGCAUUGCCUGAGGGCGGCUUGUGAAAAGUUGAAAGAAUUGAGAGGCUCCCCAGGAAAGGAUCUUUUGGGAAAGGUGGAUCAGGCUCUGGUGGAUAUAAUCAAGACACUGUACACGGCCGAUUCUGAUGUGCUCUUGAGUCCUGCGACAUGGUUUCAACACUCUGCUCUGCUUUCAAGUAUCAUCUCGCCAUCUUCACUACAAUGGGACGACUUGCAAAGACGCAAUCAAUCAUUGAUGUUUACCCCUUCAGCCGCCGAAACGUCGUCCAGUCCCCGGCGGCAACAGAUGGAAGAAAUACGGAAACUCGAUUCCAUCUGCGAAAACACAGAUAUGGUUGCCCUUGCCAAUUCGUAUUUUGAUUCGUCCUCUUCGGCUUGCCAUUUCCCUCUCGACCUACCAAAGAUUGAAGAAAAAGUCUUCAAUCUACUCAAUUGGUCUAUGGGUCAGUUUCAGCUUGGUGCUCAUCGCCCCUAUGCGGUCUACACCCUCCUCAAACACUGGUAUGAUCAGCAUGAAAAUUACCAAAAUCGACAAAGCCGGCCCCAGAUGGUCGACCUAUUCGAUGUGGUUUACAAGUGGAUGGACACAUCGUCUGCCGCCAAAGACGAAGACAACGUGCAAGCCAUCGGCAUUACGGUGGGCGAACUCACAAGACGAGGCAUGUUUUCCUAUGGAAGAUAUCUACAAAAUCUCAUCGCCAAUGGGUAUACGGCACGGCAUCAAAGGCCAGAUGGCUCGUGUGUAUCUCAUCACUUGGCUUUGCUCAGAGUCUUGCCGAUAUUCGUAAUGGCAAAAGAUCUUUUGCAGCAAAGAAGAAUAUCAUUGAACGGGGACAGUUUGGACGCAAGAAAGCAAGAUGAGGAGGAAGAGGAGAGGAUGAUCGAGAUUCAUCGGGAGCAGAUCAAAGAAUACGUGCCGGAAGCGUUUGGACUGGCAUCUUAUGGACAGAGCGACCAGCUCAAAGCCCAAGUCGAUUAUCACCUUCCUUCUUCAACUCAGAUGACUCGGUAUCUCUACGUUUAUUCUAGGUUUCUCACCGCUCAUAAAGCCGGUGGGAUCCUCAAGGCGCACGAUGGCCAGCCCGCCAUGUCGGCGUCCGUAUUCGCUCGCGUGACGCAAGUCUUUCGCCAGAGCCGCGGAUAUGCCACCAUCGCGGAUUUUAUCAUCCGUGCCCUGCAGGAGGCCGAAGAUCCCCAAAUAUUGGAUGUCAUCAUCGACAUCAUCCACCGGGAUGCGGAUGUGUGGACUGCUAUGGAUUUCUGGCCAAGGCUGGGAGACAAGUUGCUGGACAAGUAUCAUAUGCUGGAAAGAGAGGGGAAGGAUCACGAGAGAUUGGUCGAUCUAUUACGGGAAUUGGCAGUGAAGGGCAAGCUCAAUGAAGAGGAGGAAGAUGAAGUGAAGCACUUGCCAUCAUCAAACGUGCAGAAAAGUGAAGCGCCCAUAGCCGAUGCUCUUGAAGCUUUACCGCAUGUGCUUUCAACGAAUAAGGACGCAUUGGCUGUCUCAGUGGUCCCUGCCUUGUUUGCUCAGAAUGGCGAUUUCGACUUAUGGUCCUCCACAUGGUGGGCUACCAUUGUCGAUGUCAUCCUCAGAGCCACAGUCGACCAGAGGUCUACGUUGAAUGGCACGCUCGCGCUACACGUGUCAUCAGUCCACGCACAAUACGGGCAUUCGUUCGAUAAUUGCGUCUCCGGUUGGUUAUCUGGCAUGACGCCGAUCGCACGCCUUGAUGUGUUCGGCAAAAAGUCCAGCGAGAUCAUCACGCGCCUUUUGCUAUUUCUCGUGUCACAAAGAUAUCUCAGCACUAUGGUUUUACUUGAGGGAAUGGUCUUUCCCAUCUGGAAGCAGACGUCAGCAUUUGCACUGCCGCCUCGCAAACGGCUGUCUUCCAAGAUGAUCCAGGCCAUCUCCUCAUCGAUGGAUGUUCUUGCUCAGCUUCUGGUAUCGCCCCCUCUGAGUCCCACUCUGCCUCCGCUUUCAAUCGAAGAGUCGAUCAUCACACAAGCUUCUCGACAACGUGUUCUCCAACCUCCCAACGUCAUAUCCCUCAUACAAAACCUCCCUGUUCUCGUGGUCUUUUCACAGAGCCGCCUUCUCCCCGAGGAUAUGUCGGCCAAGAUAGACGAUUGUCUCAAAAGGCUGGGUGGGACAGCAGAGUUCAAAACCGCUGCUUUUAGGAAUCUCAGUGUCUUGAAAGAUGCUUUCCUGGCGAGAGAGUGGAGCGAACCGGGCAUGGAGCAAGAGCUGGAGGGGAGAAUGGUAGAUGCGCUAAAAAUGAUCAUGUCAGAGAAUACUUUGCAAUCGUCACCGAAAGGCAGUCUACCAGAAUACGACAGCUCAACCCGUUUCAGCGCUUGGCGGUGGACCCGCGUCGUUCUGGAGAUGCGAGUAGAGUUCAAGACUCUCGCUGCACGUAUCAAGGCUCCGGAAACGACAGCGAAAGAAGUACAAGAGGCCAGGCAAACACUCAACCAGCUCGUCCAGGCUACGCUCGAGAGGGAGACCAACGCUGAGGAUGUCGACUUGCUGGCUGAAGUGUUCAAGGGAGUUGAUUGUGUGGUCACGCAAGAGAUUCUGGCUGCUGGCAUGGACAAACUAGCUUCAUUAUUGGGCCAGGCAAUCGGCGCCGAGACGGAAACACAGCUAGAAGCCGCCGUCAAGGUCAUUGAUCAGCUCCUUCGUCUUCUCCAAAGCACAACUUCUUAUCUCUCGACGUCUGGUACACCCCAAUCCCUCCUCGACCCCUCAAUCCACUCAUCUAGACACAAGCUGCUGGACCUUCUCGCCCUUGCCCUGCAGAGCGUCGAAAGGCACUUUUCGACAGAUUGGGAGCAGUCUUUGCCGCAUGGGAUAUCUCCGCCGCAGCCUGGAACGCUAUUGAAGGUCGUGGUGGAGCUACUCAAGUUUACUCUUGGUACGAUGGCUGGUGAUGGAUCGGCAGGCGGAAUGGGGGUCGUAGGGCCAAACUUUGGGCAUCUCUCUGUUUGCUUUUUCAGAGCUGUGAUGGCUGGACAGCAUAUCCUCGACGAGAGCAGUGCCAAAUCUAUGGCGGAUAUUCUGGCCUAUAUUGUUGACUGUACACCUCCGCAAUCCCGUUCGGUCUCCCAGGUCUCUCUCCUUGGCGAGACCGUCUCUCCUCACAUUCAAAAUACCCUCGCUUCGUUCCCCGAUCUCACAGCUGCCCUACCGCACCUUUCUCCCGUCCCUCGCUCCAUGUCACUGGUCAGCCUUGAUGCGUCGGCCGUUGACAACACAAAAGAUAGCAUCCACAUCAACGGAGACGCCUAUGACUUGGAGUCUGCGAUGCCGCUGGACGAUAGGAAAUGGGAGAUGUUCGACUAUCUGGGUCCCAGCAGGAAGGUAUGUGGUCCGCAAGACAUGUAUCUUGCCAGCAAUCCUCUGCGAGAUCAGUCAUCGAUUCCGGUCUCGCUCUUCCGCCCUCGUAUGACUCGUGACGCGCCCCCAGACUCGGGAGAAGUCCGAGGAAACAAAGACGACGAGCUCCCCGAAGAUGGCGAGGUCCCGGCUACGGCUCUUCCGUCUCCUGUGGAAGAAGACCCCGGAAAGGGUAAACCAUGGGAGAGAUUUGCAAGCGAGAGAAAUGUGGGCGAUGGUCUGUCUGGUGAGGUCACGGGCGCAAGGCAGCUUGCUACCCGGCUUUUCGCUGUAGUCGACGACAUUUCGGGCGAAGGGAGAGGCGAACAAGAGAGCGGAGAGCCCCUAGAGAAGAAGAAGAAGGUGACGAUUGGAAGAAAAGAGAAGAAGGGCUCGGGAUCGAGCAAAGACCCCAUUGCCUUUGAUGAUGCCAAUAGCGAAGAGAGUGGCUCGGAAGCACCUGCGGCCAAGAAAUCAAAGACGUCCAAGUCUGCUGCCAGUGCAUCCGUCGCUGGAUCGGAUGCCACUGCGCCUGUCAACGGUGCAGGUGGGUCUGCUACGUUAGGCAAGGCGCCAGCGAGGAAGAGCACGGGCGGAAAGACGACCAGCAAGAAGGCCGCUGCUGGUAAGAAUACGAAAGAGGUGACAGAGGACAAACCGAAGGCGAAGAGGAGGAGAAAGUCCGCAAUGGAUUGA